GAUGGAGCUGGUUUGAAUCCCGCCCGGCGCCCAUCCGAGAGUGGCGUCAGUUCGUUCCCGGGUUUUCCGAAGUGCAGCUUUUAUAUAAUCCCCCCCUCAUCAACCGUUCCUUCCGUUGUCAAUUGGGGCCCAUAUCCAGGCGGGUCUCCUGGGUGUCCUCCUCGGAAGAAAGCCUGCGUCCAGAGUAAGGAAGAAGGGGAGCCAGCCACACUUACUCCCAGAAAUAUAUGUAAAACUUUCUGUUGAUUACUCUGUACUUUUGAUUAUGAUAGAUACUUUGGAAGUUUACUGGCAAACAUCUGUAACUAUCAGGCGGACAGCUGAAGACCAUGGAUUGUGGAAUUCAGUUUGUUGAAACACUAAAGAGGAUAGGAUAUCCCAAGGCACCUUUUCUUAAUGGAGAAGACUUUGACUGGUUAUUUGAGACUUUGGAAGAUAAGUCAUUUCUGGAAUGGUUUUGUACAAGUCUUAAUGAGCACCAAGUAAUUUCUGAAGAAGAGUUGCAAUCAUUUAAUAUUCUUCUUAAGUCAUCAAAGCCAGUAUUGGAAGAAGAGGCUCUAGAUGAAGUUCUUAAGACAUGUAAAUCUAUGGAAUUAAGCACCAAUAAUUAUGAUGAUGAUGAAGAUGAAGAAAAGCUUAAAACAUUGCAAGAUGAAUUUCAUGCUCUUCAAAAGAUGAAACAGCUAAAGACUAACCGCCUUAACAAACUUCAAAUGGUAGCUUCAACCAGUAGCCUGAUGUCUCUGAAGCUUAAAGAGAGGAGUGAAGAAAUACUUAAAAAUGUGAAAGAGGGGCAAGGGGGUUUCAUUGCUUUAAAUACAAAGAUAAAUAAUGAGUUGCAGUCUCUUACUGAAGGCGUUGAGAAGCUAACAUCUUUCCUUAUGGUUGCACCUCAACAACAACAUCUAGGUACUCAUUCUGUAUUGCUAGCUCAACAUGACUUAGAUAAAUACUUGCAUCAGGAAGAAGAGAGCACCACAUCUCUUACUCUCUAUACAAAAAAGCAGUUUUUUCAUGGCAUGUCUGAAUUGGUUGAAAGUUCUAAUGAAGAAAAUUUCCAGCUUCUAGAUAUGAGGAAUUCUUUCACUUGUGAAGAAAGCAGUGAUGUUUUUGAAAAAAGACUAGAGUUGACCAGGCUGCAGAUGGCAUAUAUUUGUGCUCAGCACCAAUUGAUUCAACAGAAGUCUAAGAGUCUAAGCAUAAAAUCAGGUCUUCAAUGGGCAAAGGAAAAUAUUUCUUCUUUAAAGAAGAGUACUGGAAAAGAAGAAUUUGAAGCUAGAAUUUCUAGCUUGAACAAUGACAUUUCAAAAUUAAAAAAACAUUUGGCUCACAUAAACAGUGAAACCCUACCUUUGCUGAUAAAGAAGGAUGCAGAGUUAUUGAAUAUGCCAGUGGUGAGAGGUGACUUUGAUCUGCAGAUUGCUCGACAGGAAUACUACAUAUCAAAACAAGAUCAGAUUUGUCACCAGCUCAUUAAACAGAAGGCAUCAUUUGAAUUUCUUCAGCUGGCUUAUGAAAUUGAGUUAAGAAAACUUAGGGAUUACAGCCGUCUGCUAGAAAAUAUGGUUCAAGAUCUGAAACAGAGCAGUGACACUUUGGCACAUACACUAGAAACAAUGUCUGACCCAUCUAUUUCCCAUCAUAAAAUAGUAAGAAGCACUGUUGAUUUGAAGGAUCAUGCAACACAAAGGUUAUAUCGGCUUCUUGAAGGGAAGAAUCUAAAACAGUUGUUCAGAACACACGAAGGCCUUGAAAAGAUGUCUGAAGAAUUACAUCUAGAUACAGUGUCAAUACUUGAUCGGUUAACAGUCAUUAAUAAGGAUCAAAUACUACUUCUGUCAAAGAUUGAUGCCGAUGUAAUUGCCCUUCGCGAUGCUAUGUACCAAAGUGGGGAAAGCAUCUGCCUGAGUAAUCAGGAACUGGCUGAGCAAUUUCAGCGGUUGGAAUUCCAGCUGAAUAAAUUAAAUCAGCUUAUUAUGGAUCUUCUUGCUGACAUAAAGGCUAAGAAGAAGGUGUUGGAGAAUAAUAAGAUGCAACAGGUGGAAAGAAAACUGUGUGUGUACUUUUUCAAAGAUGAAGAAUGCUUGAAGAAUGUUGUUGAAAGACUGGAGCAACAAGUUAAGACACAGCCUGUGUCUUCAAGAUAGAAGUUUAAGCUGAUAUGAUUUUAUAAAAAUGAUUUGAAUUCUUUGCUGAACGUUGAAAUGUGACAAAUGCAAGAAUAGCCAGAUGUGUUAUUUCUGUAGCAGCAAGUAAUCACAUGGGAUGAGUGAAGAACCACAAUACUGUACUUAUUUUAAAAGUUAGGUAUCCUGCACAUUUUUAGGAAGGAAUAAACAGGAAAAACAUGUUUGUAACAAGUCUACAUAGACUUGUUACAUGGUGUUCUGUGUUCAUUGUACAGUUUUAUAGGAGGUAUUUUGCCACAUUUGAUUUUACUCUAGAGGAAGAACAACUCAAAAUUGUUCCAUUGCCUUUCCCCCUACCUCCAGCACCUCAGAGAUAACAGUUGCAUCAUUAAAGCUUUAUGUUAUUACAAAAUAGACCACACGGGUGAUUUUUAGUAUACUGUACCUGGUUAGGCCUAAUGCUGGUACAGAUGUCAGUCAGACGUCAUCUGCUUUGUAUUUAACUCUGCUGACAUCCUGUACUAUACUUUUAAACCGCCUUCCCUACUUGAUGCUUGUGAGAUGAAUUAGCAUGCCCAUCACCCCUGGAGCAUAGCAGAUUAGGGAAGGUUGUUUCACAAGCUGUCUGCUGCUGUAGAAAAAUAUAGCACAUGAUGGCUGCGAUCCUGUAUUUAGUUAGGAAUUCUUUCUGAAUUUGACUUGAUUCUAAAUAUGUGUGUGUAGGAGUGCAUUGUGCUUAUGUAUGAUGCUGAACAGUAGUCAUUUCUCUUAGAUAUAAUAGAAUGAGAGAGUAGGGCCAAAGUCCUAAGCAUACUUACCUGCAUAGUGCUGGAUAAAACUGCCAAGUUUAAACAUGUUUUACAUUCAAAACUGUAAAUAUUGUUUCUAACAAAGUGAUUGUAAUAUUUAUGCAAAUACAUUUUUUAACAUUUCUGUGG